AUGUCGGAGACAAUGCAAGAGAUCGUCAAGUUUCGCGAAAUGAUUGAGAUGCACAUAGAACGCAAGGAUCCUCCGAUGAAUACUGUUCCGGAAGAGCAUAAGCCUCUGAUUGCCAAGCUGGUCCACGAAAGCGACAAGACCCUUCAAGCACUGGUCAAGCACGUACACAAAGAACUCUUGCCAGCACACGAGGACGAUGACGAAGAUGCAUCAGAGACCAUUACAUUGGCCCUUACCCCCGAAGCCGUCGAGAAAGCCAUUCAGUCCGUUGCUAUCAGAAAUAACUAUGGACUCGACAAUUGGCCGGGUUAUGCUAAAACACCCGCUGCGCUCUGUAUUUGGAGAUGGGAGCAUCCCGGAAAGUCCUCUACCAAGGGCAAGGAGAGAGUGGAAGGCAAUGUUAUCGUGAUUGACGACUUCGAUGAUGAAGAGACAGCAGCUGAUGUUGACAUGAGGGAUGAGUCUCUGAGCCGUUGCAACGUUUCUGGCAUGACAACAGAAGACCGACUACGCGAUGUGCUUAAACAUAUGCCUGCAUCGCUAUGUCCCUCACAUCGAAGAGGAUCCCCAGUAGCCCAUCUAAGGAGCUGUGUCCCUUACUCCGUGCGCAACAUCAUGACUCAGCUUAACGAAGCUGAAGUUGCAGGAGACGACUCACAAGUCCGCUCUCUCCUGUUACUACUGCGCGAUCGCACCAAGAUUCCAAUCAAGGUGCUGAUAUUCGAUGAAGAUGCACGACCAGGGUAUUUUGGGACGUGGACGCGAAACUCACGAGAGGUCGGGCCGCGCGCACCGUUUGCUCGCGACGUUCUCUCGCUGGACUACGCAUACGACAGUGGCGAAGAGUGGGAGGAGGAAAACGGGGACGCGGAUGAUGUCGUCGAAGAUGCAGAAGAAGACGAGGCCGGUGACGAGGAAGAUUCGGACCUCGAUAGCUGGCUGGUUGAUGAUGAUGACGUCGAGGAUCCUGGCACGCCAAUCGACAAGCGGGAAAGCUCUCCAGACCUAUUCCUGGACGUACCAAUGCCCGCGCCUCCAAUAGCAAAACGGAAAGCAAGCGAAGAGAAACCUAAGCGAAGCAAGAAGCGGAAGGUGGUCGUGCCUCUCGUUCCUUUCACCAAGGGCCCAUGCUGGGAGACGAAUAUCGGCGACUGCUUGUAUGAACCGUUUGCUCCAUAUCGGAUACACUUGCUAGAUGAUACGCCGUUUCCUAUCGACCCCUUCACCUUUGUCGCGGGGAGUAUAGAGUCGGUGACGACAUCGUCGAAGGAUCGUGUCACUACACAGGACGGCUUCGUGGUCCCCGCGCUUCCUCCUCGUCUUAAUGCACCCAAUAUUGCCACGCCUUCUGCGCAAGCUUCUCAACCAGGUACAAAGCGGCCCCUACCGGCGCCCAAAACAGCAUUUCCUGAAGCUCACCUGCCACUCCUGCUCGCACGCAUCAACAGCCUCGCAACGGGCAGUCUGCCAUACAUAGUGGAGGCAGUCCAUCAGGAGCUGAAAGAACAGCGUGUGAAGAAGAAUUCAAUUGAGGCGAAGAUUAGGGAAGUGGGCGAGAAAUGCAAGACCAAGAAGAUUUGGGUGGUCAAGCCACAUUUUAAGGUAGCGAAUGGCUUGGCGUUAUGA